ACGACGCCCCACGUGUCCCCGAAGAGGCCCACCAACACGAUCUCGAUCUCAACCAUUUUCUUGAUUCUCCAAACAUUUCCGUUUUUCACUCUACUCUGUAAUUUCUACUUUGUCUCUUCGUUUCACAUAUUCCCCAGAUUCAUACUCAUCCUGGUGUUAGGGCAAUAGCGAUACCAUUGGAAUGGAUACGGGUGGAAAAGAGGUUAGUAUUAUUGAUGACAAUGUACCUGGCAGUAUUUUAUUUAGCGGCAAUGUCAUGCAAGAUACAGAAAGUGUCAACGAUAUUCGUACAAUAGUGGAACUGGCAGCGUAUUCUUCUGAAAAGUCAAAUAAUCUGAGCAUGCUAAUGAUGCAUGUGGCAACUAAGGAGAGUGAAUACGAGGCAUUCAUUCUUGACAAAGAGCUCAUGUUGAAUGAUUCUUCUGAAAAAGUGCUUUAUUUGGAUCUCUUAUGUGGUAUUUUGGAUUCAGAGGUGAGUGAAAUAGAACAUUUCAUUUCUAUGGUUCAGACAGAUAUUAUUGCGGCCCGUAAAUUUAUGGUGUCAUACAAGUACUCGGGUGAUGAUUUGGAGAGCCUAAAAAGAAUGUCACAAGACGCUGAAGGAUCAUUGAGGCAAUCACUGGAGCAGGUCUCGGAUAUAAAGGCACAAUCUUCUGACAUCCAGAGGAAUUUGUUGAGAUCUGUUGGAGAAGAUACUUGGAGAGGCGGCAAAGUCAUAGAGCGGCUGGAAGAUGAUAAUAUAUCUGUUCCAAGGAAGGAUUUGAAGAUGCUUGAGAGAUCUUUGGCAAAAGAACUAGACUUUGACAAAAGCAUCUCUGAAUCAAGAGAAAUCAAAGAAGUUCUGAAGCUAAGUCUGCAUUCUUCAGAUCAUGGAAAUUUGUUCAUAGAGGAGGAAGAUAUAGUAGUUUUGGAAAGGUUGUUUGAGGGAGAAAAUGCUGCAGCGGUUCUGAUGGGAAUUUCAAAAGAGUUAUUAGGCCAGAUCCAGAAACUGAUUUUCAGUCUUAAUGCUUCAAGAAACAGAGAGGACCAACUGAAAACAAAGCUUAAGGAUUUUAUCCACAAGUUGAAAGAGAAGGAUGCUUCUUUGCAGAGGACUGAAAGCAGCAAUUUGAAAAUUAAUGAGGAUCUUUUAGCUAAGAAAGAUAUCUUAGAAGGAAAUCUAAAAGAAGUAAAGGAUGAGCUGGUUCUUGUGGAUUCUGAGGCAUUUACAUUGAGGGAAAAAGUAAGCUCUUUGGAGAACGAGCUGAAAGAGUAUGAACUGCAGCUAAUGACAGCGAAGAUUGCAGGGGACAAGGACCAAAAUUUAUUGCAGAAGCUUCAUGAAAUGAGAAGUACACAAGAUGAUCUUAAAGAAAAAAUACGGAAAGAAGAAGACAGAGCUGCUAGGGCAGAGUCCAAAUGUGUAUUGCUGACAGAAUCUAACAUUGAACUGACUGAAGAGCUGAAUCUUCUGAAAGCUAGUGGCAAUACCACUGUAAUGGUUGAUUCACUAGAAAGGAAGAUGAGUGAAUCUGAUAUUGUGCUACAGCGUGCUAUGGCAUCUGCUGAAGCAAGUCAGGAGAAAGAAAACAUGUUAAAUUCUACAAUAAAGGAUAUGGAUAAUCUGAUCGAAAAUUUGAAGUCAAAGGUUCUGAAAGCUGAAAAUCUUGCUGAAAGUGCAGAAGAUAAGUGUAUCGAGCUGUCAGAGCGUAACUCGGAACUUACUGAAAAACUUCACUCUCUCAAGGGUAAAAUGGAUUGCUUGAAGGUGUCCUUGCAUCAAGCCGAGGAAUCAAAAAAGGCAACUGCAAAGGACAUAAGAGCUCGAACUAAACUGAUAACAGAAAUGGUCGUGCAGCUGGCCUUUGAGAGAGAGCGCCUUCAGAAGCAGAUAUCUUCAUUAACAAAGCAGAAUAAGAUAUUGGUGAACCAGUCUCAGCAAACAAGCAAAAAUCAAGUGAAUAUGAGCCAUAACGUGAAAGAAGAUACUGAUAAUUUGACUUCUACAAUUAACACGAGGAAUAGCAACAGUGCUAAUAUGGACAGAAAGGACGAUGUUGAUGGUGAGCCAGAUGAUUGCAGAUUGGACUUCGAAACUGUUAAAAAUAUUGAUGCAAGACAGCUGAAUGUGAAAUAUUUGAUAAUAAUGGUCCUUGUGUUGGUGAUCUCCAUCUUUGCAGCUUUACUGUUUAAACCUCCUGACAGCGGUUUCUAGCUGACUAGUUAUCUUUCAAGGGAGAUCUUGCUCUUCGCUUUUGGGCGAAAAAAUGGACCUUUACACGUUAUGAAAUCAGCAUUCGUGUUGAACAUCCCAGCUUCCAUAUGCAACUGUUUUACCUUCAGUACUUAAUUCUGAGACCCCUUCAAUAUCAGCAAGCUCUAAGUUUGCUAGUAUAUUAUCUUAGUGAAGUCCCGGUCUUAACCUGUAUGAAAAAAAAUGAGAUUCAGCAUUUCUUUUCUUGGUUACUUGUAAGAUGUACAUGCCAAAUGUGUAUUUAGCCUUUGUUUGAUGUUCCUGUUGUAGUUGGGACUUGGGCAUACGAGUAAUCUAGUGCAACUUGGAUUCGAAGUUAAUUUAUUUAAAAUUUUCACUGUCA